AUGAUGGACCUCAACCAGCGCCAUCGCAAUCUCUUUCGCAGUCCAACAAAUCUGUCGAUGCGAGCGUGGCGUCGGACAGCUCUGGUCCAAGCAACCAUGCCAGUGGAAGUGACAGCCGACCAAGUGAGCCUCAGCGCGCGUCAAAUCAAGAGCGAAGCUCAGUGCUGCCGAAGCCAACAUCCGAGUCGCAACCAACUGCUCCGUCCCUCGGCGAAAUUGCGCGUGCGGGUGGCUCGGACAAAUACGAAGCAACGCGAGGACGGACGGAUUCCAAAGGAUCCAGUGCCUCCAACAAAGUUUGCGACGACAAACGGGCACCAUCGGAGCGACUAUCCCGUGAACAAGCGGCACCCCGACCCCAGCCGACCAUUGGAGAGUUAG